GGAUAUUUGGCGCCAGUAGAUCGAGCGCUUUCUUGAGUUUAUAGAUUGUAUCGCAGUGAUACUACUGCGAGCUAACAAUACAGGGUAAGGGUUGGCUAUUAUUCGUUAUAGUUACGGCUUUUACUUUUUAUAUAAAGGAUUGGAAAAAAUCAGAAAUCAGACUGCAUUUUAUUUUCUAGACUGCUUAGGCAAUAAAUUUUUCCGAUUAUGGACUCAAAAAAAACUAAGCACGCCAUGGGAAAGAAACAGAAUGGCAAGACCAAGAAGGUUGAGGAUGCAGAGCCGGAAGAGUUUGUUGUGGAGAAAGUCUUGGAUAGACGAGUCGUAAAUGGAAAAGUUGAAUACUACUUAAAGUGGAAAGGUUUCACAGAUGCAGACAACACAUGGGAGCCAGAAGAGAACUUAGACUGUCCAGAGCUGAUUGAAGCAUUUCUCAACUCUCAGAAAGCUGGCAAGGAAAAACCUGAUGCUGCCAAACGAAAAUCUUUGUCUGAUAGUGAGUCUGAUGAUAGUAGAAGCAAGAAAAAGAAAGAAGUGUCUGACAAGCCACGAGGGUUUGCUCGAGGUCUGGAGCCAGAACGUAUAAUCGGUGCCACUGACAGCAGUGGUGAAUUAAUGUUCCUUAUGAAAUGGAAGGACUCUGAUGAAGCAGACUUGGUACCAGCAAAAGAGGCUAAUGUUAAAUGUCCUCAGAUUGUGAUUGCUUUUUAUGAAGAAAGAUUAACUUGGCAUUCCUGCCCUGAAGAUGAAGCCCAAUAAACUUACCAUGGAGUAGUGGCUCAUUGAUAUGAGAACUGUAAAUGGUGUCAGCGUUAGUCAAGUCCUACUUUCAGAAGCUUCCAUUUUCUAAAAUGGGAGUGCCGUUUUCUGCAUUUAUGGCAUAGAACACUUGACUUUUUAUCAUGUGAAUACAAGUAAAAUCAACUGCUCUUUAGGCUUCCUGUUUUUUGUUGCUAACUUUCAGUUGUGUCCUAAGCUCUGUAUUCUAGCUGCUGCUUUCUUAGUUUCUGUAUCUUAUGUGCAUGUAUGGGUAGAAUUAACUGAAGUUUGUUUUUUUUUAGGGCCAGUUUUUAUUGGGAGGCCUCUGUCUCGCAAGGUUCCAUGUCAGCUGGAAGUAGUAGUAAAUGGCAACUUGUAAAUUGUUUACUUUAUUGUAAAUAUUGGUGAACACUGUUCAAUAAAAUAGUUUUUAUAUA